AUGCGUCAUCUGACGUCGUUGCUCAUUUUAUCAUCCCUAAUCUUCACACUUUCGCUGUGCUAUGCCAAACCCGUAUUCGGACCGAUCGGAGUGGCCGAAAAACACAAAAUUGUCAAGAUGCUCGAGAACGAACAGUGAGUAGUUAGUAGCCAAAUAUGGACUGAAAUUAGGUCGCUCGCCGCUCGAUCACGUGUCUUCGGCGGUCACUUUAUGGCCUUUUUGGGCAAAUAAAUUCCGUGCUCCCCUCGUCCCAAACAUUCUUUAUCUCGCUGUUUCUCUCAUAUUUGGUAGUCGGAAAUGCGUCACGUUUGUCACAACUUUACACAGUUUUUCUAUGCGUUUCGGUUCGUUUCGGGUGCAAUGCAGACUAGUGCUGUGACAUUUGUUAAAAUUUAAAUAAUUUUUGGAUGUUUGGAUUUUGAAUGCGGUCACACCGUGCUAAUCCGAAUAGUUCAAUAGAGCGCACUUCCUCAAGUAGUCUAGUGCCAGGCAACCAAAAGAAUCCGAAACAUCUGAAAACAGGACAAAGUGUAAACGAGGACUAUAGUUAGAGCCACACCGUCUUACCGUCCUAAUCCGGGCGGCACGAUAACGAUGUGUCGAGAGGGAGAGAGAGAGAGAGAGAGGGGGUCUACUUGUUGCGUAACACAAAGGUUCCAAAGUCCGACGCGAUGACCAGCGGGACGACGGACGUACUGUGAGCGGAUUAUUAGGGGAAGAGCACAACGGGUAUUUCGGGCCGGCCGCAUCGCUCGAAUUCUUGAAACAGCUGAGGUGGACAACGUGACUUUUGGGAGAAACCGCUGGAAUUCUAAGAGCGGAAAGACGCAGAGAAGCGGAGAGGGUCACAUUCUGGAGCAGAAUCUUGAGUACUUGCGGACACGAUGCACCUAGAGUCUCCGUCAGCUCCAUUUUGCGUGCCAAAUCUGAUUCGCAUCCAAAAACGUCGCACUUUGUCCCUUCGUUUCAACGAAAUUCUCCGAAACCGGAGCAUUUCACCGAAACCUUGACUCGAUUAAUCGGCUUACGGUUUCGAACUGUUAUUGAAUUAUUAGCUGCUUUCACGAAAUGACGUCUGUCAUUUGACGCGGCGCAAAUGAAGUGACUUGAAAAGGGAUUACUGUAGCAAUCAUUAUGAUGAUUUGUAUUUUGUUUCAGGAAAUCACUUCAAAUGUUGGAGGAAGAGCAGGCGCUUCUGGAGAGGGUCGUCGAGACAUUGAGCAAAGAGAUCGAGGACAAAGAGGCGCACAUUGAGAAACUGAGAUGUGAGUUUGAAGAUUGACACUUAGCAUAAUCUUUUGAUAUAACUUUCAAAUUUUGUUAACCAAACUCCAACAUUUCGAAACCCUCUGUUUUUCUUUCUUGUGAAUCAUUUCCGACCCGCGCUCGUUUCUAGUUUGAUUCUUUUCAGCAUUCACACGUGGCCGUGGUGCCGUCGUCGCCGACAUUUACGAUGACUAUCGGACCAACUACAAGAUCGUUUCGAACGCUCGGCCCGGCCGGUGA